AUGCCUCCCCUCGUCAUGCGUUUCCCUCCGUCCCCCGCGUUUCCCUUCGUCACCCGCGUUUCCCUUCGUCCCCCGCGCUUCCCUUCGUCACCCGCGUUUCCCUUCGUCACCCGUGUCCCCCGCGCUUCCCUUCGUCACCCGCGUUUCCCUUCGUCCCCCGCGUUUCCCUUCGUCACCCGCGUUUCCCUUCGUCACCCGCGUUUCCUUUCGUCACGCGCGUUUCCCUUCGUCGCGCGCAUUUCCGCUCGUCGAGCACGUGCCUUCUCGUCACUCGCGCUUCCCCUCGUUGCGCGCUCUCCUCCCCUCGUCACGCGCGCUUCCCCUCGUUGCGCGCUCUCCUCCCCUCGAAGGGAACGGGCGGGGGAGAUGGGAAGGGCAGAACAAGAAGGACAAGGGGGGGAGGGGGCAGGACAGAGGGGGGAGGAACAGGGGGGAGGACAGGGGGAGAGACAGAGGGGGAAGGACGCAGGUGGAGAGACAGAGGGUGAAGGGCCGAGUGGGGGAGACAGAGGGGGAAGGACACAGGUGGAGAGACAGAGGUUGAAGGGCCCAAUCUAUUAUCCUUUGCCUCACCUGCUUCCCCCCUCCCUUCUCCCUGCUUCCCCCCUCCCUCCUCCCUGCUUCCCCCCUCCCUCCUCCCUGCUUCCCUCCUUCCCCCCCCCCUUCUCCCUGCUUCCCCCCUCCCUUCUCCCUGCUUCCCCCCUCCCUCCUCCCUGCUUCCCCCUUCCCUCCUCCCUGCUUCCCCCCCUCCCUCCUCCCUGCUUCCCCCCUCCCUCCUCCCUGCUUCCCCCCUCCCUCCUCCCUGCUUCCCCCCUCCCUCCUCCCUGCUUCCCCCCUCCCUCCUCCCUGCUUCCCCUCAACAGCUAG